AUGCCACCCAAGGGAGGAAACGCGAAGAAAGAAAGUGGUAGAGCUAAGAAAGCGGAGAACGAAGAAAAGAAGAAAGCGGAAGAACAACGUGCUAAAGAUGCCAAAGAAGCAGAAGAGUGGAAAUCGGGAGCCAAAGGAUUAUCUAAAGGAGAGGUAGCAGCUGCGAAAGCUGCAGAACAAGCACGUAAAAAAGCCGAAAAAGAAGCUCUCAUAGCAGCAGAAGAAGCUUCCAUAUCAUCUAAACCUAAAUCAGCUCCAAAAGCCGGAUCAUCCAAAAAGAAACCUGCUUCAGAUACUUUGAAAGCUACAGGUACUGGUUUAGCUGGGUUCAGCGUCGCCGAUCCUUUAGGUUUAAGAAAGCAAGGUGUGGAAGAAGAACAAGUGACUGAAUUGAGCGCGACGGGUAUAGAAGAUAUGUUAGAAGCUUUAGAGGUUGUGAAUGCUAAAACGGAUAAAGAUGCGAUGGGUGCAAAGCGUCGUUUCAAAGCUGCUUUCAACGAAUAUCUGGAUAGAGAAUUACCCAAGCUUAAAGAAGAGCAUCCCGGAUUGAGACAAAAUCAAAUGAGAGACAUGUUGUUCAAACAAUUCCAAAAGGCUCCAGAGAAUCCUUUCAACCAAGCACAGGUCGCGUACAAUGCCAACAAGGAAGAAAAAGUCGGCGCUUUGCAAAACAUCAUGGAUGCCAGAGAGGCAAAGUACAAGGUCGAUUCGUAG